CAGCCUUUGAAAUCGAUCAAUGGGCUCCUUCUCCAGGAAUGCUCCCCCCCUAACUGAGGAGGAGGAGGUGGUGGCUCUGGUGGCCUUCUCCAACAUGGGCGUCCUGGUUCUGACCGCCUAAGAGAAGGGAUUACAAGUGGAUAAAUAAUGUGCACCGCUCUGAGCCCAAAGGUACGCAGUGGACCUGGCCUCUCGGAUAUGCAUCAGUAUAGCCAAUGGCUGGCGAGCAGACAUGAAGCUAACUUGCUACCGAUGAAGGAAGAUCUGGCCUUGUGGUUAACCAAUCUAUUAGGGAAGGAGAUUACAGCAGAAACUUUUAUGGAAAAAUUGGAUAAUGGUGCCUUGCUCUGUCAACUUGCAGAAACUAUGCAGGAGAAAUUCAAAGAGGGCAUGGAUGCUAACAAGCCUCCAAAGAAUCUGCCCUUGAAGAAGAUUCCGUGCAAAGCCACUGCACCCUCAGGCUCCUUUUUUGCCCGAGACAAUACAGCAAAUUUCUUAUCCUGGUGCCGAGAUUUAGGGGUAGAUGAAACGUGUCUAUUUGAAUCGGAAGGUUUGGUCCUCCACAAGCAACCCAGAGAAGUAUGUCUCUGUUUGCUAGAGCUUGGCCGGAUUGCAGCCAGGUAUGGUGUGGAACCUCCUGGUUUGAUAAAAUUGGAAAAAGAGAUUGAACAAGAAGAAACACUUUCUGCUCCUUCUCCUUCACCUUCUCCUUCAUCAAAAUCUUCUGGAAAAAAGAGUACGGGAAACUUACUGGAUGAUGCAGUGAAGCGAAUUUCUGAAGAUCCUCCUUGCAAAUGCCCAAACAAGUUCUGUGUGGAGAGGCUCUCUCAAGGAAGAUACCGAGUGGGAGAAAAGAUCCUCUUCAUUAGGAUGCUGCAUAACAAACAUGUCAUGGUCCGUGUGGGAGGAGGAUGGGAAACGUUUGCAGGGUAUUUGUUGAAACACGACCCCUGCCGGAUGCUCCAGAUCUCCCGUGUGGAUGGCAAAACAUCCCCCAUCCAGAGCAAAUCUCCAACCCUUAAGGACAUGAAUCCGGAUAAUUACCUGGUGGUCUCUGCCAAUUAUAAGGCUAAGAAGGAGAUUAAAUGAAAGUAGUUGGUCGCUACAAGGGGACUUUCAUAAUGGCCUGUACCCACUUCUCCAGUGUAGCCAGUUUAGUUCACAUGCUCUGAAAAUUACUUUGGAAAAAGGUGUUAACAGACAGAAAAAUGUCGUUAUCAUUGAAAAGCGUUCAGAGAGUAGCACUAUUUAUUUUGAUGCUUCUGUAGAAAAUGACCAAUUAAAAGAAAUUCUAAACUUAGAUCUAAAUUAGAAAAAGUGUAGGCAAAUUGUUAUUUCUCAAUAUGUGAACACAGUAUUUAGUACGUUAUUAGAAAUACAAUUCUAGCUAGAGAUAAAAAAAGCUCUUAGAAGAAAAUAUUUAGGAUUUCUACAUCAGUCAACAGGAAGUGCCUGCCUUAUGUCUACAAAAAGCACCCCAGACACUUUUAUAAUUGCAGGAUUUUUAAGCUAAUUAUUUAAAAAAGUGACAAUUAGUGUGAUAAUGUGCUACUAAAAAAUAUUCAACAGCACUAUAAAUAAGUAUAGAGCGUUCACAACAGUAAUACUUUACUGGAAAGGCCACUUCAGAAAAGUUUACAUUCGCUUGGAAGAUUGCCUUAAAGUUUAUUCUUUAUCUAUGACCAAAUAUCUGGGGUACUUUUGGAAGUUUUCAGUACACCCCUUAGAGAAUUGCUCAUGAAGUGUUUCACACAUUCCUUAGCACAUGGCUGUGUUGAGACUGACUUAGUAUAAUUCACACACAUAAGCUGACAUACAUUUAUAUUUUGACAGAGGAAAUUGUACAGUCAAAUGUUCACUGACUUCAUGUUAUUUUAAAGCAUUUUCAUAUGAAAAUAUAUCUUUAGUUAAUCCUACUUUGCUAUGCUGUCUAGUAAAGUAAAUUCACUGUAGCCGAUGAUGUUACAGACUUAAAUAUAUACCCUUGUAUACCUAGGACAGGGCUAUUUUGUACCCAUAAACAGCAAACUAUUGUCCUCACUGAUUCAAGAAUUAAAAAGAUAAAUUAAAAAAUAUUAUCUGUCUCUAUAUCAAUGCUUCAUUCUCAGAUAAAGAUCAUCUUCAAAUGGCGACUUUCCCUGAGAGUUCUAGGAAGGGUCAAAUUAGGGUUAGCUAGUGCUUCUUCACUUUGGGCAGCUGGGUGAUGGCAUGGUUUGUUCACCUCAACAGAAAAUCUAGAUAUUAUCAUAGGUAAAUCCCUCAAGUGCUAGCCUGGGUAUCAUAAAUAGAGGCAGAGUUAAUUUGUCAUUUCCUUAUUUUUUAACAACAACCAAAAAUCCACCUUUCUGGCUCCAGAAAGUCGGGGAGGAAGUAUCUCAGUUUGUCACUGAACUGAUUUAGUCAAAGUACACACAACCUGUUAUUUGUGAAGUUUUUAAACAACAGGCAUUGUAUAAUUUGGUGGUGCUGGAAGUGGUGAGAAUCAUUCUGGGGAAAAAAUUUAAAGUUUUGUCAGAAAUAAAAUCACCUUGGAACAUUAAUAACUGUAAUAUCUUUUAAAAUACAUUGAGUGGUUUGAUUUUUAUGUUACUUAAAUUAAUAUUAGCAUUGAAUUUCUCUGUAUCCGCAAUGUUUUCAUCAAAACUUUCUCCUGUGCUUACAUUUUUCCAUAAACAUAUCUAUGUCUUUAAUAAUUAAAAUGUCAUUAAUUUAGUUUAAAAAUGUAUAGGUUAUGGGCGCCUGGGUGGCUCAGUUGGUUAAGCGACUGC